AUAUGUGCUUAGUGCUCUCCUUGAUAAUCUUGAUUGAAAAAAUAUAAAACUCAAAGCAUUGCAUUUGGCCACCACCAUUGGUAAGUGGGGGAAAAGUGGGAUUUUGGUGGCAUUGUUAACAAAAGCUGACUGCCGAGUGAGAGGAGGGAUUGGUGGUGGGUUUAGAAUAAGUCUGCUGGUUAUUCAAAAGAAGGGGCGAUGGGCUGAUAAGAUCACCAAAAAAAUAUUAGUUUUGCAAAUCUGGGGAGGCCAAAGAGGACCAUGGAUGGGUGAUUAGCUUAGAAUAACACAAAAGGUGUGCAUAUCCAGGCCAUGACACGUCAGACCCAGGUUAGGUGUUGGUAGUGGGAUAGGACAAGCCCUAGCUUUUUAGCUUUGGCCGUUUUUAAUACAAAAAAAUAUAUGUUUUCAUAUGUUUGCAGCAGAGUAUCUCCUCUCCUCAGAGUGGAAAAGGAAGCAUGGAGUAUCUCCUUUUGAGUUUUGAUAUGAGGUAAAGUGUGGUCUUGGCAGGUGCCAUGUGGACCAGUACUCAAUAGUGGUUGGGUUGGAGCUGUCAAGCUGAUAGCCUGCAACCCCCCUUUGUGGCUACCUGCAUUAAUACGAUAUCAUUGCAGUGUAAUGCAGAUGAGAACUAGAGAUCUAUAACUUGUAGUGUGGAUUCAUUUAAAUGACCAAACAAAAACCUAAACUGAUACGUUUCUAGGCCCUUCUGAUUGCGCAUUCCUACAAAAUUUCUAUGAAGUGGCUCAAUCUAUGUGGAAUAUGAUGAGAAAUUUGAACUUGCUAGGCUAGAUCUCUUGGAAACAAUUUUUGUGCGCUGUUAGAGCAAACAUCUUUCGAGGUCAAUAGUGUUGUUUGUAUUCUUAUAGAAUUGCGCUGCAUUGCCACUCCUAUAUAGUUGCCAUGUUUUUCUUCUUCGAUUUCCCACACUUCAGAGUGGCAAUGGUUUUGGUUCUAGAGAAAAUGGACAUAAAUAGCAAAUUUGUCAGUGUCCAUACUACGUACUGGUUACAUUUUUUAUGUGUAUAAAUCCUGCAUUCCAAAUAGGCUCAUACCAUCCUGAGGAUGGUAAUUUGCUCCCAAAUACUGCAGGGACGAGGAGAAACCCAUCUAGCAUGUCUGCAAAAUCAUAAAAUAAAACCUCACUCAUGAAAUUCGCCUGCAAAUUCAUGAAGGUAGACCCACCUGGAAAAUAGGAUCAUAUAAGACCCAUUUUAAGAAAGUAUCACAUGCAGAAUCGGAGCUCCUCAGUUGUAAAAAAGAAGAGAGAGAACAGUACUUCGAGCUAUGCCAGAAUUUUAUUAUCUACCUAAAGAGUCAUGAAGUGAAGCAUUUAACGGAAAUUCUGCAUAGUGAAUAUGCCCACGCAUUUUUCACAAUUAAUAAAAAUUUGACCGGGUGUUUGACGAGUGCCUGAAGCCUUGUGAAGAGGUAGUAGUAGUAGUAGUGGUAAAAGACAUGGUGUUUGAAAUGAUCGCUGCCCGUUCUGGAACCGCGAGACCAGGAUGGAGCAAAGCAGUAAAAAAGAAAGAGGCGGUAAAAAGAAGCGUUGCAAAGAAAGAAAGGGAAAGCCUGGGCGGAUUUUCACCGACGCCGUGGUGUGUUGCUGAGAUAUACUGACACGGAAUCUGUAUGGGGCGGAUGGGAGUCCAAGAUGCGCAACGCCGGCUUUAAUCAGGCUCCAAUUGCCGAGGAAAAUCCGCUUUCCCGCGCACACACAACCCGACCCGUUACGUGUUUUACUACUAUACCAAAGGAGAUGAGAUGAAAGCCUCUCUGCCCCCCGUCUCCAAUCUCGAGGAAAAUUCUCUGGCUCUGAUCAGGUACCGCUGCUUUGCUCUUUGGAGCAGCCUCCUGCUCUCUUGCUUUGCCUUCAGAAACGGCUAUCAGAUCAUCGAAGGAAAAUCGAAAUAGCACUAAAAUCGCACACAAUUAUUAGAGACCUUGAACGCUGAAGAAAUCUGGAUUCAUUUCUGGACCGCCGAAGGGAUGUAUAUUUUUUGUUUUUGUUUUUGUUUUUGUUUUCUAGAGGAGUUUUGAGUGUUUCUAUGGAAGAGGGAUCAGGGGAGAGAUGCGGCACGCCCAAGAGGGCCAUAUAAUUAGCGAACUUACGCAAACCCACGAGGAAUAUCCGCGGGCGAUCUCCAGGAUCGAGAGCUCACGCCCUGGCUCAGGGGGAAUGUCUCUUGAGCAUAGCGCUCGCGGAAAUAUUGAAAGGAGGAGGGCAGCAGGGAAAAGAUAAAGGAAAAGGGAUUCCUUUAGCCACCGCUGCUGCUGAAUUUUCCAGUUGUUUUCUCUGUCUGUGCGUGGCGCGCGCGACAAAGGAAAAAGAUGCAGCUUGUAUUCUACCGAUAGAAAAACAGGUAAAGAAGAAAAAAAAGAUAAGUAAAGCCUCGAAUCUGCUAAAGCAUGUGCGGAAAGCUUCCAGUUAGUUGCGUCCGCAAACUAGUGUGUAGUGGUCCGUUUUUUUUUUUAAGUUAAACUACGGUACUGAUUCUAACUGGGAAUGUGCACAGCACACUCUGAUGAUCGGGUAUUUCUGAUAAUCCUCGCUAGCUCCAAAUAGCUUCUGAAUUUUAAUUACUGACAAAAGUAAUGUGUGUAGCAUGUUUAGAUGGGUAGUUUCGCCAGAUUCUAUGGGUGCUGGACUGUUUUUUUGUCUGUAAAAUUUAUGCGAAAUUCGAGUGAAAUCCCUGCAUCCUGAAUGGUUUACUGUUGUUGGCGGAGGACACGAAAAAUGCCGGAAUCGGAUUGGAUGAGCCGGCACGGAGUUGAAGUGUUUUCUUUCUUUCUUUUCUGCAAAAUCCCUGCGCUCUGAAGACGGAUGAUUUAACUGCUGUUGUAGGUGGGGGAGAUGAGAUGAACAAAAACUAUGGCGGACGGCCGGGAAUGGGUUGGAUGAGGCCGCACGGAGCUUUCCUUUUCGAAAUUUAAUAGCACGCGCGCGCGGUUGGUUCGAUCGGUCGACCGAGUUUUUUUCCUUUUGCUUCUGCCUUCUUUAAAGAAGAAGCGACACUACAGCUCGUCGACCCAAAAAGCACGGCCCUCCUUGUGCUUGCCGAUGCCCGGCCACUAGCUAUCGGAAAUUAAGCUAAGCGAGCGGCACCGGCACCGGCGCUCCGGCCAUGGCCUCUCGCGCCCUCCCACCUUCCCCAUGCUAGCCACAUGCCCCACCACCUAGGCCUUCUUCCUCACUCCACUCUACUAGUCCACGUACGUACCCUUCAACCAACGGCUGCAGGGUAGAGAGAGGGAUAGGUAGGUAGACACGUACGUACUUGUGGGUAGGUGCCGAUGGUGACGGCGCGGGAGGCGAGGGAGGCGGCGGCGGCGGCCAUGGACGCGAGCAAGUACGUGCGCUACACGCCGGAGCAGGUGGAGGCGCUGGAGCGGCUCUACUACGAGUGCCCCAAGCCGAGCUCGCUGCGGCGGCAGCAGCUGGUCCGGGAGUGCGCCGUGCUGGCCAGCGUCGACCCCAAGCAGAUCAAGGUGUGGUUCCAGAACCGCCGCUGCCGGGAGAAGCAGCGCAAGGAGUCCGGCCGCCUGCAGUCGCUCAACCGCAAGCUCGCCGCCAUGAACAAGCUGCUCAUGGAGGAGAACGACCGCCUCCAGAAGCAGGUCUCCCACCUCGUCUACGAGAACGGUUACUACCGCCAGCAGACGCACAGCGCGGGGCUGGCCACCACGGACACGAGCUGCGAGUCGGUCGUCACCAGCGGCCAGCAGAACGGCGUCGUCGUCGUGCCGCCGCCUCCGCCCCGCGAUGCCAGCCCUGCUGGAUUGAUGUCCAUCGCGGAGGAGACAUUAACGGAGUUUCUGUCCAAGGCCACCGGAACCGCCGUCGAGUGGGUCCAAAUGCCUGGGAUGAAGCCUGGUCCGGAUUCCAUUGGAAUCAUCGCCAUCUCGCAUGGCUGCGCGGGUGUUGCUGCGCGAGCUUGCGGCCUCGUAGGCAUGGAGCCUGCCAAAGUUGCCGAAAUCCUCAAGGAUCGGCCACUGUGGCUGCGUGAUUGCCGGUCUAUGGAGGUAGUAAAUGUGCUGCCUGCUGGCAGCAAUGGCACGAUUGAGCUGCUCUACAUGCAGCUCUAUGCUCCGACGACAUUAGCACCGGCUCGUGACUUCUGGUUGAUGCGGUACACCUCCAUUCUUGAUGAUGGAAGCCUAGUGGUAUGUGAAAGAUCACUCAGUACCAAGCAAGGAGGCCCCAGCAUGCCCCUUGUGCAGCCUUUUGUUAGAGGUGAGAUGCUUCCCAGCGGGUUCUUGAUCCGGCCUAGUGAUGGUGGAGGUAGCGUGAUUCACAUCGUUGACCAUUUGGACCUGGAGCCUUGGAGUGUGCCUGAAGUUGUGAGGCCGCUGUAUGAAUCUUCUGCCAUGGUGGCCCAGAAGAUGUCGAUGGCGGCCUUGCGCUAUCUCAGGCAAGUGGCUCAUGAAGAUACUCAUUCUGUAAUCACUGGAUGGGGCAGACAGCCUGCAGCCUUGCGAGCUCUGAGCCAAAAGCUCACCAGAGGUUUCAAUGAAACUCUUGGUGGGCUUGCUGAUGAUGGAUGGUCCGUGAUUGAGAGCGAUGGCGUAGAUGAUGUUUGUAUCUCUGUUAAUUCAUCCCCGAGUAAAUUGAUGAGCUGCAAUGCAACAUUCAAUGAUGGACUACCCAUGGUUAGUACUGGUGUUCUUUGUGCAAAGGCCUCGAUGCUAUUGCAGGAUGUCUCUCCACCGUCACUACUGCGGUUUUUGCGGGAGCAUCGGUCCCAGUGGGCCGAUAGCAGUUUAGAUGCAUUCUUUGCUUCCGCGCUGAAACCCAAUUUCUGCAAUUUACCUAUGUCUCGUCUUGGAGGAUUUAGUGGCCAGGUUAUACUUCCUUUAGCGCACACGUUUGACCCUGAAGAAGUAAGCUGCUGGUCUUCGUUCUUGGAAGUUAUCAAGAUAGGAAAUGCCAGUAACUAUCAAGAUACAUUGAUGCAUCGUGAUCUUUUCCUGUUGCAGAUGUACAACGGGAUAGACGAGAACCCCAUGGGCACUUGUUCAGAGCUUAUCUUUGCACCCAUAGACGCAUCUUUCAGCGAUGAUUCUCCACUGCUGCCCUCCGGUUUCCGCAUCAUUCCGAUCGACUCCCCUCUUGACACGUCUAGCCCGAACUGCACGUUGGACCUCGCGUCCACCCUCGAGGCUGGGACACCCGGAAGCAGGAUGACCGGUCACUCCAGGAGUGGCUCGAAGGCUGUGAUGACGAUCGCGUUCCAGUUUGCCUUCGAGAGCCACCUGCAGGACAGCGUGGCGGCCAUGGCGCGGCAGUACAUGCGCAGCAUCAUCUCGUCGGUGCAGAGGAUAGCGCUGGCGCUGUCGUCCUCGCACCUCGUGCCGCAUGGAAGCUCUCGCCUCCUCCCCCCGGUUACUCCGGAGGCGGCCACGCUCUCCCGAUGGAUUGUCCAGAGCUACAGAUUUCACUUUGGGGCAGAGCUCAUCAAAGCCGCAGACGCUGGCAGCGGCGAGUCGGCGCUCAAGGCCCUCUGGCACCAUACCAGCGCCAUCCUAUGCUGCUCUCUCAAGGCGAUGCCGGUGCUGACGUUCGCGAACCAGUCCGGGCUGGACAUGCUGGAGACGACGCUGGCGGCGCUCCGGGAGAUGACCAUGGACAAGGUGCUGGACUGCGAGCAGGGGAGGAAGAGCCUCCUGUGCGCGGACCUGAUGGCCAGCGUGGCGGAGCAGGGGUACGCGUGCGUCGAGGGCGGGACGUGCGCGUCGAGCAUGGGCCGGCCGGCGUCGUACGGGAAGGCGGUGGCGUGGAAGGUGCUCGACGACGGUGGCGCCGGCGCCGCCCACUGCGUCUGCUUCGCCUUCAUGGACUGGUCCUUCGUUUAGUCGAGGGCUCGAUCAUUUGCUUUUGUUGCCAAGUCUCGAGCAUCGGACCUGAGUGCGUAGUAACUUCGUGGGACUGUUGGGUGCGCGGUACAAUGUUUGGAUCGAUGGUGGUGUUCUGUACGGAUUGAUGGUGCGCCGAGAUUGGUGAUGCUGUUUGCUUGGUCUGUACCACUUACAUUUCCUCCUUUUAUCUUC